AAAAAGAGGCAUACCGCGGGACGUCUCGUUUAGAAGAAUCCGAGGAUGGAUUCCGGUCUAGUAACUGCUAGGAAAUCCAUCCUAAUGCAUCUCCAUCAUGCCAGUGUUGGAACUUGGAUCCAACGCCGUCGAAUUCCCCAACUCCAGCCCAACUUCUCCAUCGCGGCAGCCAUGGACAUGAAGAAAAAUAGUGGGGAGGAGGAGGAGGAGGAGGAGGCGGCGGUUGCGAUACCCGAUGGAACCGCCCGGCCUGGGCCACCAAAGCAGAGCGGCGGCGGCGGCGAUCUCCUCAGCGACGACGACGACGAUCGAAUCAGCAAACUUCCCGACGACAUCCUCGGAACCAUCAUCUCCCUUCUCCCCACCGACGACGGCGCCCGCACCCAGGCCGUCUCCCGCCGGUGGCGCCCACUCUGGCGCUCGGCGCCUCUCAAUCUCGACGCAUACGUUGUCCUCAGCUCCGUCGCCGACAAGUUCAAUCACCUCUCCAUCGUCUCCAAGAUCAUCUCCGACCACCGUGGCCCGGGUCGCCGCUUCCAGUUUCGCGGCAUCAGCCUCCACGAAACCAAAGAAAAGUUCUCCGAGCAUGCUGUUGCUCAGGUCGAGAGGUGGUUCCGUUCUCCAGCCCUCGCGAACCUCCAGGAGCUCGACAUCGGCUUCCAACUCUCGAUCACUAACAAUGAUUCAGAGAGAUGGUUUCUGCUGCCGCUGUCCGUGCUCCGCGUCGCGCCCACUCUCCUCGUGGCCAGAAUCAGCUUAUGCAGGUUCCCUAGUGACAUUGCGCUUGCGCCUUCUCUGAAUUUUCAGCGCCUCAAGGAGCUCAGCCUGUAUGCCGUUUCCAUCUCCGAGCAAGUUUUGUGUGCUGUGCUCUCUGCCUGCCAUGUUCUCGAGACCCUCUUCUUGCAGGACAUUUGCGACGCUGGUCGCCUACACGUUAGCUCGCUGACUCUUAGGAUUAUCGCCUUCAGCCCUACUACUUCUUCUUCUUCUUCGGGUAAACAAGAAUUGGUCAUCGACGACGCCCCUAGCCUUGAAAGGCUAGUCUUUCCUCGUGGCUUAGACGGUGAGACUAUCACUGUAAACAGGGCACCUAAACUGCAGAUUUUAGGCCCUUUGUCACCCUGCAUCCCCAAACUUGAAAUUGCAGACCUAGUCUUCCAGGGUAUGGUCCCAAAAGGCUUGAACCACCACUCGGUAUGCAAAGUGAAUGUCCUGGCUCUCAAGCUUUCUGGCCCCGAUUUGAAUGCGGUUAUCCAAGUCCUUAGGUGCUUCCCCUGCUUGGAAAAGCUCUACAUCAUUUGGGAUAAAUACUUAAAGACAGAUGUAGCCUUUGUGCGUCAGUAUGACCCGCAAGAUCCAAUCACCUGCCUUGAGACUCGUUUACAAAAACUGGUGUUCAAAAUUUACACAGGCGAUGCACCAGAAGUUGACUUUGUCAAGUUCUUUCUUUCCAAUGCAAAAGUGCUAAAGGAAAUCAUAUUCGGAGUUUGUUGGAACGUCGACUUGAAUUGGGUAGCUAAUCAACACAUGCAGCUAGAAGUGAAAACCAGAGCUUCUCCAGAUGCUCAACUGGAAUUCAGAAGUGGUUCUUCGCAUUUCGGUAACAAUCUGAAGACCUAUGACUCGUCAGUUGCUGAUCCGUUCCACGACUCGUUUGUAGAUGGACUAAAUGCUAUUACAGUUAAACCACACAUGGAUGCCGGGUUGAUGUUGAUGGAACGUCUUUUGCUUAGUUCUCUGGAUGAAGUUGAUGAUUGAAGGCUGUGUUGUCCUUGGUCAAAUCAUAAAAUAGGAUAUGGCUGCUCCAUUUCUUCUCUAUUCUUCAUUUGUAAUUUGGGAAUCCUGGGAACUUGUAAACUGAGCAUCAAACCCUUUGCGCUAUAUUUUGUUUGAGAAAGAGUAUGGGUGCAUGCAUCCUAGUUCGUACUAGUUUCAGUCAUCAGUGCAAUGUUUGCGUUGAAAAGUUGUUUCUGUUUUUACCAGCAACUUAUGCUUGUGCUCAAAUUUAGGUUAUUCUUUUGAACAAGUAAGUACACCAAAUUGAAGUAUUAUCUUUUUCAUCCCUGUGAAUGUUUUUUUUUUUUUUUUUUUU